UCUAGUUAAAGAUAUGGGAAAGUUGAGACAAUUGAGGAAGCUUGGAGUGAAAAACCUGUCAAAGGAAACCAUGAGGGCUUUAUGUGCCUCUAUUGCAACAAUGAACCACCUUCAAUCUCUUGAUAUAGCUUCAAUAAGCGUAGAUGAGAUCAUUGAUUUACAAUCCAUUUCAACUCCACCUCAAUGUCUUCAGCGCCUCUACAUAAAGGGGCAUUUAGAGAAGUUCCCAGAUUGGAUUCCUAAACUUCAACAUCUAGUCAAAUUAGGGAUUUAUUGGUCAAAGUUGAAUGAGGACCCAAUGAAAGCCCUUCAAAAUCUACCCAAUUUGUUGGAACUCGAAAUCUCAAGACAGGCAUACAAUGGAGAGCAAUUGCAUAUUAAGAUAGGAGGGUUUCCAAAACUCAAAAUUCUAAAUCUCCAAUUCUUCAAUGCAUUGCAUUCAUUGAUGAUAGAUGAGGGAGCAUUGCCUCUUCUUGAAAAAUUUGUGAUUGGGCGUAGUCCGCAACUAAAAGAGGUGCCGUGCGGAAUCCUACAUCUGAGAAACCUCAAAGAACUGAGAUUUAUUGAUAUGCACAAGGAAUUCGAAGAAAGUUUGGAUCCCGAGCUAGGAUCACAUUAUUGGAUUAUUGAGCAUGUACCCAUCGUUUAUCUCUUACACAAGGUUCGCACAGGAUUUUACGACCUUGAGGCCCGCAUUCUUCGUUCCAAACAUUUGACAGGGUCAUAAGGGAAAACAAUAAAUCAAAAUGAUGAUCAUAACGAGAAUGAUAGCAGCAAUAUCAAUGCUUAGUUGAGAAAGGUAAACAAUCAAGUUCAACUCAGCAAUGCUAACUCAAAUCAGUUAAGUAGACUUUUCCCCAUAUUGUGACACUUUAAUAGCUCGAGUCCUCAAUAUUUUUAUUGAUUAUUUUUUAUGUGAACC